AUAGCGCUAGCGGUAUAGCAUAAUGAGCUUUCCAGUUUCGCACGUACACAGUACCCGGUACACACAUACGGUACACGCUUGCUUAGCUUUAUCACUUCCGCGUACAGUUCAUGAGAUAACUCUUAGUUUUUCACUAUGGCAUCGACAUUUUUGACGGAAGAUCCUGCAUACAAAAAUCUCCAGGCAUGCUACGACCGAAUUGGAAGCAAAAUGAACCUUAGUGAGCUGAUGAAUUCCGACCCGAAACGAUUUGAAAAAUACAGUCGAUGUAUUCAAACGCCGGAAGGAGACUUUCUCCUUGAUUUUUCCAAAAACCUUGUGAAUGAUGAAGUCUUUGGUCUCCUACUAAAGAUGGCUGAAGCCAGAGACUUACAGGGAGCUCGAGAUCGCAUGUUUACAGGAGAGAAGAUUAACUUCACCGAGGACAGGGCUGUGCUCCAUGUUGCCCUUCGUAACCGUUCUAACACCCCUAUCAUGGUCAAUGGCAAGGAUGUUAUGACGGAUGUUAAUGAAGUCCUCGGCCGUGUCAGGAGUUUUACCGAGUCUGUUCGUAGUGGUGCAUGGAAAGGAUACUCAGGAAAGGCUAUUACAGAUGCUGUCAACAUUGGUAUCGGAGGAUCAGAUCUUGGUCCAGUGAUGGUGACGGAGGCAUUGAAACCAUUCGCAGGACCACUCAAGGUUCAUUUCGUGUCCAACAUUGAUGGAACCCAUCUUGCUGAGGUCUUGAAGAAGGUUAAUCCUGAGACUACGAUCUUUAUUGUAGCAUCAAAGACAUUCACCACCCAAGAGACGAUCACCAAUGCUACCUCUGCAAAGAACUGGUUCUUGGAAACUGCCAAGGACCCUGCACACGUUGCCAAGCACUUUGUAGCUCUCUCCACCAAUGCUGAAAAGGUGUCAGCUUUCGGUAUUGACAAGAACAACAUGUUUGGAUUCUGGGAUUGGGUUGGUGGACGCUAUUCUCUGUGGUCAGCCAUUGGGACCACUAUCGCCCUUUACGUAGGCAUGGAUAACUUUGUGAAGCUUCUAGAGGGCGCUCACUUCGUGGACAAUCAUUUCCGUACCGCUCCGUUGGACCAGAACAUCCCUGUCAUCUUGGGUCUGUUGGGAGUCUGGUACUCCAACUUCUUUGGUGCAGAGACUCAUGCCCUUCUCCCAUAUGAUCAGUACUUGCAUCGCUUCGCAGCCUACUUCCAGCAAGGUGACAUGGAAUCCAAUGGGAAGUAUGUUACCCGUGAUGGACGACGUGUGGAAUAUAAAACCGGUCCCAUCGUAUGGGGAGAACCGGGAACUAAUGGCCAGCAUGCUUUCUAUCAACUCAUUCAUCAAGGUACUCGUCUGAUCCCAGCUGAUUUUAUUGCUCCUGUGGAGACCCAUAAUCCCAUCCAAGCAGGCUUACAUCAUGAGAUCCUCUUGGCUAACUUCUUAGCUCAGACCGAAGCUCUGAUGAAAGGCAAGACAAAAGGAGAAGCACAGAAAGAACUAGAGGCUUCUGGGAUGUCCGCUGAAAAUAUCAAACUCAUUCUUCCACACAAGGUGUUUGAAGGCAACCGUCCAACCAACUCCAUCAUGUUCCAGAAACUAACACCGUUUACACUCGGUGUACUGAUUGCUAUGUAUGAACACAAGAUCUUCACUCAGGGAAUCAUAUGGAAUAUCAACUCAUAUGACCAGUGGGGGGUGGAGCUCGGCAAGCAGCUUGCUAAGAUCAUACAACCCGAGCUCAAAGACGCCAACCCAGUAUCCACGCAUGACUGCUCAACCAAUGGCCUUAUCAACUUCAUCAAGAUCCACAGGAAGUAAGAGAGAAACCUGCCGAGCGAUCUCAACUCCCAUCUUUGAUGUGAAUUAGAUUGACCCCCGAAGAUAAAAGCAAAGGUAAUAUUUAUGCAAUCUAAUCUCGAGACAAAGAUUUAAAAUCGUACAUGUUUGUGAAUGGUUACGUAUUGAGAGAUUGGAAGAUUUGUGCUUUCCCAUAGAUCAGAUGACUUCAUGAUAUAUUGUCUAGCUAUUCUCAAAAGAUAUCAGUACUUCCUACCAUUUGUAUUACUCUUUUCAAAAGAGAAUAAUUUUGUUUUGUUUUGUAGAAUAUAUGCUAAUAUUGUAUACAGAGAUAAGGAUAUUUUUUUUUAGUUGUUUAACAAAUGAUUUGUGUUUGAAGAUAUAAUUUCCAGGUGCAUGUUCUGUGGUUCUUAGAUUUUUUAUUUAUUCAUGAAGCAUAAUGGUGUUAUGUAACCACAAUACAAUUGUAAAAUGGUUACUUAUAAGAAUAAUUAAACUUUUGAUUUAACUCAGAUAGUGAUCUUCCGCCCUUUCACACGAUUAAAAAAAAUCGUAAUUUGAAUGAUGAUUUCAGUGAAAAAUAAGGCUAAUGACGAAUAUUUAGCUUGUGUGAAAUCAAACUAGAACAUUGAUUAGAAUCACAAACGCUAAUCACAAUCACGAAUUCAAAUUUCACUCCGGCGGGGAAUUCCAUUUAAGUUUCACUCAAAUUACGGUACAAAUUUUGCGUGUGGAAGGCUUGACCUCCAAAACAUCUUUUGGGGAUGGGGGGCGAAGCUUACGUGACUUUUCAAGCACUUCCGUAGAUAAUACAAUUGUCAUGCACUCAUCGUAGUUUGUAUUUGCGAUGCAGCGCUUUGAUUGAAAGUCACCAAGGACACAUGACGCCUUCGCUCGGGAAUUCGAAUUCAAAUCAGUGUUCGAGUGAGCGUGUGAAAGGUCUGAUUAUUCUAAAGAUGAAUUGCAAUCAUUAUUAUAAUGAAUCAAGAUUCACGUGUGAAAAGGCCCCUUGUCUGAUCAGUUGGUCUGUCUCAUAAAUUAAUAGAUGUCUUAUCUUUUAUAAAAUGAGUUUAUCAUUUUAUGUAAUACAUGGGUGCUAUAGAGUACUUAAAUCCUAUUGAUUAAAUAUCUAACAGUGUUUUUAACUACACAUGAGUGAUAUUUAUCUCUUGUAUUGAAAGUCUGUUUGACAGAAUGGAUAAUUAGUCAUCCACUUUAACAUAUAUCUUUCUUCUUUGUAUUAUUGAGCCAAGAAAAUUAGUACAUUAGUAUACAGUAUUUGAAGGGUGAAAUUGGGUAUCUACAGUUUGUGAAAUUAUGAUAUGUAGGUAUGUAAAAUCAUGAAGGGUUUACAUUGCUUUUUACAUCAACUUACCUUAUAAUCAUUUUUUUUUGUUCUAUACCCCAAAUUUAGAGGUUUCUCUAUUCAAAGUAACACCCAAUAUUAUUUUCAACAUCAAAUUUGUUUGAGGAUAACUUUAACUUUAUCUAUUAUUUUAAAUGAAAAAGAAUUAUAAUCCUAUCCCUGUUCCAAUUUAAUGAAUAAAACGUGCUCAACCAAUAGGAUCAAUGGGCUUUAUUUUCAUUUUGAAAUAGUGAAGAUGAAAUGUUGUGCUUUUAUAGUUACUGUAGAAUUUCCAUGCUGUGCUUCCUGUGACGGCUCUCUGAAUGAAAUAAAACAUAUCGAUGAAAUAAUUUAAAGAGUGAAAUAGAAUAAUGUAUAUGUUCAAUUGUUGAUAAAACUAAGAAAUGUAACAUUAUUUUACAUUGACUUGUUGAAGAACAUACAUGUAUUUUAAAAAUAACAAUUUUAUUUCAUUGAUUUGUCCAACGUCACAAAAUCUGUUUGUUGACUUUUACUACACUGUGUAGUAGUCUCAGACAAGCCUCAGUCCUAUUUUGCUAGAAUUAUUUCACUGUGUUUACUGUUUACACCUUGGUACUGUAGUCACAAUGAAGAAAAUAGAUUUUAUAUUAUAAAAAAUUAUGUGUAUGAUUACAAUCGAUUAAUAUUUGAAGAACAUUUUAUAUAAUGUAUUUUGUGCACCUUAAUCUCCUCAAUAAAACUACAUGUAGUUUGAGAUAGAUUUCGAA